GCACAAUACUGCAACUACGUGAUUGAAUUUAAUCAACAGAAAAGUUUAGCUUGUUUUGAUUACAUUUUUCAUGGUGCGACAAAAAGGUUACUUAGCGUUUACCUUUGCGAAUCCGCCGUGAAGGCUAUGAAGCCAUCCAGUUCGGAGUGAACGGUUGCCUAGGUACCGCAAGUGAACGAGUGUAUUUGACGUAAACAAACCUGGAUUGUCAGCGUCUGGAGCUGCGCAUCUCGAACAUUUAAUUGCCUGACAGUCAAUUCACGCAAGAUGACAUCGUUCGAUUUACGGCAGCAGAAGCUGGAACAGCAGAGGCAACUAAUUGCACAGAAGAUGAAACAGAAGAGACAAACCGGUGCUAGUGGAAUGGUGCAGGCAUCUAAUGUAUCCAGUGCACAGCUGACAAGUCAUUCUAAUAAAUGGAUGAAUCCAAACAAGGAGCUUCAUGCAUAUGAUGGUCCAUUGCAGUACAUGUCUCAAGCAAGUAUAGAUAUAGGACCUUAUGCGGAAAGAAAAAACAGUGACGGUACAAUUAAUGUAGCAGUCGUCAAUGAAAGAAGUUUGUACGAAGGUUCGCAAAGUGUUGAUUGCGCCGAUGAGGAAUCAUCACCUGUAGAUUUUCAUUCGCCCACAGAAACUUUACCAUGUUCCUCGCCGCUUCGAGUGGCACCGUCAGAAGGAGCUAACACGCUCAUCAGUAGAGAGAAUAACUCUUCCAGUCCGGAAUUGGAAGGAAAUGUAGAAGGCAACAUUGAACAAUUCGUAUUACAACCUGCGAACAAGAAAAUGCAUUACAAAUGUCGAAUAACGCGCGACAGAAAGGGAAUGGACCGUGGUCUUUAUCCGACUUACUUCUUGCAUCUAGAGCGUGAUUACGGGAAAAGGAUUUUCCUACUGGCCGGUCGAAAAAGGAAAAAAAGUACAACGAGCAAUUAUUUGAUCUCGACCGAUCCUACGGAUCUUUCGAGAGGGGGGGAGUCUUUCGUCGGUAAACUGCGGUCGAAUCUUCUGGGAACGCAAUUUUCGGUCUACGACAAUGGAUACUCGUUGAUGAAGGAUGAUAAACGCGACGAGCGCUAUAAUCCGCGACAAGAACUGGCCGCGGUGGUGUACGACACAAAUGUUUUAGGUUUUAAGGGACCGCGUAAAAUGACAGUCAUUAUACCAGGUAUGACUCCUGAUCAGAAACGAGUGGAGAUAUGCCCGCGGGAUGAAUCGGAAACCUUGCUUGAACGCUGGAAAUCGAAACAUAUGGACAGCUUAAUAGAGUUACAUAAUAAGACUCCAGUAUGGAACGAUGAUACACAGUCCUAUGUGCUUAACUUCCAUGGACGAGUAACUCAGGCAUCUGUAAAAAAUUUCCAAGUCGUCCAUGACACCGAUGUGGAUUAUGUUGUAAUGCAGUUCGGACGUGUCGCGGAGGAUGUGUUUACGAUGGAUUACAGAUUUCCCCUUUGUACAGUCCAGGCGUUCGCCAUUGCUUUAAGUAGUUUCGAUAGUAAAUUAGCAUGCGAAUAACAACGCGGCCGAACGUCACCGAUCGAACACGGACUAUCUCAGUUAAGUAUAUACUUGCCUACAAGUUAUUAUGUCAUUCUAAAUCGUUGGCUCUUUAACAAUCAAUAAGAUCUGGUACCAGUCUCGAUAUGGUACUCGGCGUAUCGAAUUGUUUUAUAAUAACUCGAUCACGAUAAAACGUAACGAGAAUUACUAUAAAUGUGUGUUCACUUUUCGUAUUUCAUAAUAAAUCUAUUUCUAUAUUAAAGAUAUGCGAGAUGACGACUUUUCAGCAUAUAAAAAUGUUGAAUUUACAUAAGAAUCUUGAUAAUGCUGGCAUUAUACUCAAAGUAUCGCACGUUAUAUUUUGGCCAAUUUCAUUAUUUGAAAUUAAUUAUCGACAUGAAGCAAUCGUAUUGCUCGUUCGUCAAAAUGAUAUAAAUUCCUUGGCCAGUAAUUCGGAAUAUACGCAAUAUACAUUUGAACACAUUUGAAAUAUUUUCAUAAAUAUAAUUCAUAAACACAGGGUGUUUAUAAAUGAUGAACCAUAAGUAUAUGAUUUUACAGUGCCUUUGUACAUGAUAUUUAUUGUGCAUUAAAAAAAUUAUAUUUGUCAGUCUUUUUUUGUCGACUACAAAUAGCAAAAACAGAGCACAAGUUUUGUGGAAAAAAUAAUCUUGUCGUUAAAAAUUAAUAAGAAAAAUAUUUAAAUAUUUUAUUUAAUAAUC